AUGAACCAGCAUGUACAUUACUGGCAAAUUCAAAAACCUUCUCUUCCUGUAAAGAUUCAGCAGGAUAACGAAAGGAAUGGUGACGGGAAGGCUCAAGAUUCAGAGCCUCCAACUCCCCAUUCUGUUCUGAAAAUGGGAUUGAGAGAUCGUAGUAGCAGCAUGGAGGAUCCAGAUGGGACAUUGGCUAGUGUUGCGCAAUGCAUUGAGCAGCUGCGUCAGAGCUCGUCUUCUGUGCAUGAGAAAGAGUAUUCCUUAAGGCAGUUAUUGGAUCUUAUAGAUAUGCGUGAAAAUGCAUUUAGUGCUGUUGGAUCUCACUCUCAGGCUGUUCCAGUGCUUGUUUCCCUUCUCCGGUCAGGUUCGUUGAAUGUGAAGAUCCAGGCAGCAACUGUUUUGGGAUCACUUUGUAAAGAAAAUGAGCUGAGGGUGAAAGUCUUGCUUGGAGGCUGUAUUCCUCCAUUGCUUGGUCUCCUAAAGUCCAGUUCUACUGAAGCCCGAAUUGCCGCUGCAAAGACUAUAUAUGCUGUCUCUCAAGGUGGUGCAAAAGAUCACGUUGGUUCCAAAAUUUUUUCAACUGAAGGAGUAGUACCCGUGCUUUGGGAGCAGUUUGCUGAGGGAUUCUGGAACUCAACAGUUCAAUCUGGAGGAGUGGACAUAUUAGUGAAGUUAUUGGCAACAGGGCAGCCUAGCACUUUAGCCAGUGUUUGCUUUUUACUUGCUUCUGUAAUGAUGGAGGAUGCAUCUGUUUGUUCGAAGUUGUUGAGCGCAGAGGUGACUAAACAACUUUUGAAACUGUUAGGCCCUGGUAAUGAUGACCUUGUUAGAGCUGAAGCAGCUGGUGCUCUUAAAUCUCUAUCUUCUCAGUGCAAAGAAGCCAGGCGAGAGAUAGCCAGUUCUAAUGGCAUUCCUGCUCUAAUCAAUGCUACCAUAGCUCCUUCGAAAGAAUUCAUGCAGGGUGAGUGUGCUCAAGCAUUACAAGAGAAUGCUAUGUGCGCUUUAGCAAAUAUCUCUGGUGGUUUGUCUUAUGUCAUAUCUAGCCUCGGUCAAAGCCUCGAGUCAUGCUCUUCUCCUACACAAUUUGCCGACACUUUAGGAGCAAUAGCAUCAGCUCUUAUGAUAUAUGAUAACAAGGCCAAAUCUACCAAACCGUCAGAUCCUUUGGUGGUUGAAGAGACGUUACUCAAAUAA